AUAUGGAAUGUAAAACAAUCGUGACAAAUUUUACAAAAGCUAUAUUGUUCUACUUUAACCCUGAACGCGUAUUAUUUCAAAAAAGUUAUUGUUAAUCAUACAAGAAAUAGAUUUGUCAGUGAUCGAUUUUUUUACCGGCGCGUUACAUAGCAAAUUUAUUAUUAGGGAUUGUUUACGGUGCAUGUUUGGACGUUUAUAUUAAAUUCAAAUCAUUGAUUUAAAUCAAAUAUCGUUUCCAAAAAGUCGGAUAUUGUGGGUAUAUACUAUUUUUAGAUUUAUUUGAAGGAACGAAACGGAUGCUUGUUUUGUUCGGAUAGAAUUUUUCAAUAUGAUUUGUUUGUACAUGGUGAAUUUGUACGUUACGGAAAAGGAAGUUAAAAUGUUUUAUUGACACGGGGCGCAUUGAAUAAAAGAUAAAAGACUGGAGAUUACAAUAGCGGGUUGUGGAUUUAAUUUAGAUAACAAAUAGUGGUAAGAAUGGGUAGUGGAUCUUCAAAACCUCCACCUUCGGACGACGCUAAUACGAAAACAGACGUUAACGUCUACGACGUUGUUGGAAAUUCUAAUGGGACAAAGUCAAACAACACAAGGCCAAGCAGCAAAACGAGACCCAAAAGCAAAACAAGGCCUAAGUCAAGUAAAGGAAGACCGGACCAGCCAGAUUCCUGGGAUUUACUAACUUACUUGCCACCCUACGGUGAACAUUAUGAGUAUUCGCACACACAUUUCCUGUACUCAAAUGACAUUGUACGUCUCGAGGAUAUCCCGCCACCUCACACUGCACCGACGAGAAAACACGAGAUCUUUGAUCCAGACGAUUAUGUGCACGUGGAUGAGAGGACAGACGCGGUCAAAGAUCAAGCUCUAGAAAAGCCACUUUCAGAACUCAUCCGGUUAUUGACUGGCGACUACGACGAUGACCUCUCUAAGGUUCGAGCCCUUUACCGCUGGUUCACAUCUCAGCCAGUCGAGACGUCCGACUACAAGAAGAAUGCCAAACAGAACACCGCCAUGUUUCAGCUAUGGAACUUGAAACAUAAGAGGAAUACCUAUGCUGGAUUCUUCAGUUUACUAUGCUGGUAUGCCGACUUACCAUGUGCCAUAGUACGGGGAUACCUGAAAGGGUCUACGUAUGAAGUUGGUCAGAAAAUAAAUAAAGAUGUCCAUCGUGGUGAAUGGAACGCUGUCCUCAUCGACGGAAACUGGCGUUUAGUCAAUGCAUUCUGGGGCGCAUGCGUAUUGUCUGGUGAUGAAGAUGAAGAUGCUAAGCAAAAUUAUUUCUACACAUGUGAUGAAAACUUUUUCUUGACUGACCCCCAGCAGUUGAUAUACACCCAUUUUCCUGAAGAACCCAUGUGGCAACUACUAGAUUCAAAGAAAACAAUAAAAGAAUUUGAAACCAUGGUUUUCUUAAAGGACAGAUUCUUUAAUUUAGAAAUGCGAGUUUUAUCCCAUCCCGAGUGCAACGCUGAAGCGAAAGACGGCGAGAUAGAUAUUCUGUUUGGUCUACACCCUGAAAAAUCAGCCAACCACACUUUUCUGUGUAUUCCUACACAUUUCAUCGAAAACGCAAAGCAAAUCCGAACAAAGCCGGUUGAAUUGCCUCAAAAGAACGUGCAGCUUGACUUCAUCAACCGUCCAAAUGAGAAUGUAUUAUCUAUAAAAGUCAGGUUCCCAAAAACUGGUGUAUACAAACUUGAAAUUGUUGGUAAAGACAUAACUGUUAAUCAACCGGAUUAUGAUUUUGAUUGGGUAGCUAUUUAUAAAGUGACUGUUAAUAGUAUUCCAGAACGCCAAACUUUCUUCCCAGUAGUGGAGGCAGCCGGAUGGGGACCAGGAAAAAUCCUGGGAGAGUUCGGUCUUCAGGCUUUAAGCCAUCCAAACGGCACGAUAAAGACCGAACCUGGGCCACUGGAAGUUAAAUUUAAAAUCAUAGACCAUGAUAAGUUCAAGAAAGCAAACAUAAUGUACCAGAUGCUGCCUCUAGGGGCGGAAGAUGAUGUAAUGACGGAGUCACACCCAUUCCAACAAAAUGGAGAUAUCCUCGAGGCAGCAUUCAAUGUGAACGAAGGAGAAUUCAAAAUGAAAAUUAGUCACGUGUUUGGAGAAGGCCACGAACGGAACAUUUGCAACUACCAUAUCAUAAGUGCCCUUCCACCAGCCCCUAAACCGGUGGUUAGAGACCGAACUCCUACUCCGGAAGUUGACGAAGAGGGAGAACUCAGAGAAAAAUUAUCGAAGGCUAUAGAAUCACGGAAUCUUGAGGAGCUGGAACGGACGGUGGACCUAGUGGAGAGUAAGGGCUAUGCCCCCAAACUCGGACCUGAACUUAGAGAAGCCAGAGAUCUUAUUGCAAGAUUAAAACGUCUACAAAAACUCAUACACGAGGUUAUGACGUUGAACCAGAGAACAAUUGCCGAGAUAAAAUCUUACGCUCAUCCGACAGUAGAGGUUCAUACAGUGAUGAGAGCCACGCUCAUGUUGCUAGGCAACACGGAAGAAGAAACAAAGGAUUGGAAAAAUGUGCAGGCCCUGAUAGGUAAAACUGGGAAAGUCUCGUUGAAGAGGAGAAUCCAGGAAAUUGACCUAAACAAACUAAAGGCGGACACGGUAAACAGAACAAAGGCUUUGCUAAAAGAUAUCCGAAUGGAAGAUAUAGUAAUAGUGAGCGCCGGUGCUGCGACCUUCUACUCAUGGUCUUUCGGAAUCACCGAAGAAUUCGAUUUAAGGAAACAAGAAGCUAAGUAACAGAGCGACAUGAGAAAAAAACAAAACAACACUUCAAAGUUGACAGAAAUUUUUCACUAAUGAUUUUCUCCUGACAUUUUUAGUUGUACUCAUAAAAUCAUAACAUUGCAUCAUAAAUGAGAAUAACUACAUGUAUACAUAUUACAACUUUAUUAUCAUGAAAAGACGCAUGUGUUAAUUUUUAUUAUUAUAGACAUUUAGACGAUCCCAGGAGUUGUUUAUCUUUGCAAUCAUUGUGGUCAGGAUAGUUGAUGUCUGUAUUAAAUAGUUAAUUUACCAGUUUAAAUUUACCAUGACAAGGGUUGAUGUAGAGUCGUUAUUCUUGAUUUAUACAUUUCUAUAAAAUAAUUGUUAAGGCUAAUCUUUACAUAUUUUUCAAUUGUUUUAAAAUGAUUGAUUAUUUCUGAUUGUUAUAUCACUGCGGUAUACCGUACCCCGGAUAUUGCUCGAUAUUAUGAGGACUUUCAUCCCAUUUCGCGACUUUGAACGGGGAACGAAGGUAAGUUCAGCGAAGAUAUUUUCUAAACUAAUGGCUAUUUCAUUUAUCUCAACGGGUUUUAUAUAUCUAGAGUUAUUUUUGUAGCUCUAAAAGACGUAAAAGUAUUACAGGUAUUUGUAAACUUGAUUAAACUACCCCUAAACGAACCGCUGCUCACUAGAAAAUAGUGACCGCGAUACUGUAGAAUCAUUAGAAAUUAUUAUAUUACCAAUAUAAAAAAAAUUGAAUCGAGCAAUUUUUUUAUUCACAAACCAAGUAUGCUUUGUCCAAAUUUCAGGCAAAAAGUGUGAAAGUACAAAAAGAUACAGGCCAAAAAAGAAACAAGAAAGUGUACCGAGUAUUGAUUUUAAGUGUACAGAGUAUUGCAAAAUAUCCCAACUUUAGUGUACAGUGUAUUGCAAAACAGAAUGAGCACAUUAGUAUGGAAAAUCAAUAUUUUGUCUAAUUUUCACGUCUGUUUAUCAUUUUGCUGAUGAUGUACUGUUUAUAUGAUAUUUAUUCAAAAAUUUCAGAUUUAACAAUGCAUUUUCAGUGUUAUUACUGUUCUUUUCCUACGGCAAAUACAGAGAUUUAGUUUCCCAUUUGAUUGAAAAUCACACUAUGGAUGAAAUAAAGUGUGUGCAGGGUCGGGAGCAGGGUAGAACCAUCAAAAUUGACGAUAAUAAUCUUUAAAUACAUGUCCCAAGAAACUAUGAUCAAGAAGACCCAUCUCUGAAAAGAAGAAGAAUAAAAAAAGCAUAUUUAGAUGCCAUUAAUAAUAGGGUUUUACAGGGCAAGUUUGCCUUAAGAAACAUAUCGACACACUUAGUAAAAUAUUGGCCCGAGGGCUUAUGCCGUCCAAGCAUGCCGGAUACCUUAACCUUUUUCUGCAUGAGCAUAUUGCGAAAAAUGUCUGUUUUCAUUUUAUUAAGCCUAUUGUUACAAGUUCAAACUGUUAUGAAACUAUAACAAAAAUGCUUCAAUACUAAUCAAACUUGGACAAAUGUUGGCUGGACCAUAGCCUGUGGAAUAGAAUAGCAUGCUCAAUCUUAAAUUUCCAGUUACCACGUGGCAACGGGGGACCUCUCAAAAUUGCCAAAAAUCUCUAUUUUGCGUUGUUUUCAAGGUGCAGCAACUUCUCAAUUGAUUGAGAUAAAGUCUAAUGUAUUCGGCGUUGAUUACACGGUAGCUUUAAAUCGACCUGAUGCCAUUUUAGCCCCCUCCCCCACAAGUCCAAAGUCUUCUCGGCGAUUAGAGGGGCUACUGCCCAACUUCAAAUUCCCAAACAGAGAAGGGGGCACCCACCCCCCCUGUGGCACCCCUUGAUGAAUCUUUUUAAUGGGUGGCGCCGAAAAAGUGAUCACUAGCUCUUUUGAACAACAUUUCUCAAACAGGGUCUAAACAGCGCAUGUUUUACACUAUUUGAGGCCUCAAAAGAUAUGGGAUGUAAAGCCUUCAAAACACGCCUUAAUGAGGUAUAAGGUUAUAAGAAACAUAAACUUUUUAUUGCAUCUGCUGCCCUUUAUAAUAAUCUUGUCAAAAUGCAUUAUUCGUUUUUUUAGCUGUGCCCGCUCGGCAGUCAUAUGGUAACUCAUUGCUAAUGACGUAACAAAUUCACGUGCAGACAGUCCGCCAUUGCUAGAGUGUAGGUGCAAAAUGACCGAAAGUUACCUUAAUAUGUAUUUUGGGCAUAGUAGGAAGUCGGUUGAUAUUUGCUCAAUACUGUCUACAAUCUUGAGGCAGCAUUAAUUCACUUCGGAUGCAUUUUGUUACUAUUUAAAGUAAGAUAUGCAAUAAUAACUAACAAAUACUGGAAAGGUUGAUCCUUCGAUAGCAACGAGAACUUUUUAAACACAGAAAAUUGCUGAGUUCGUUCGACUGAGAUUUUUCAUGAGCAGGAUUAUUCGCAGAUGUUUCCAGUAAAGUACCUCCGAACUCUGCAUAUUCUGCACACAUAGUGUAAAUAAGUAUACACAAUAACAAAUAUAUAAGAUUAAAUGUAGUAAAUACUACAUGUUUACUACUUGCAUUACUCUAUAUUGAUCACCAAUACUCGUUACACUAAAAGCAAUACUCGUGACACCGGCGGGCAACUCCAACGCAAUACUCGGUACACUGACAUGUGUAUUUAUUCUCAAAAUGCACUGUCAUCUGAAGGUCUAUUGUUGAUUGAACAUUUACAACAUAAACAUUAUCAUCAUUAUCACAUUUCACUCGAUUCAAGUUUUUCUGUUAAUAAGGUAUAUGCACAAAAACAUCAAAUUUGGCUGAUCCGAGCUCAUUUAUCACGUGAGCAAAGAGACGAAUUUUACCUCAUAAUUACAUUUCAAAGCUAUUUCUCAGCAUUUUUGGGGUUUCAGUAACUAGAGAAAUUAUCGAAGUAUUUAUUUUUCUAUAAAAUUUAUAUCAAACCAAUUCAAAAUGACUAAAUAUCGCCACUGAACUUACCUUCUUUCCUCGUUCAAAGUCGCGAAAUGGGAUGAAAGUCCUCAUAAUAUCGAGCAAUAUCCGGGGUACGGUAUACCGCAGUGUUAUAUGCUGUUAAGUUAAACAUACAUUAAAUUACACGGCUAAAACAUAUAUUAAAUUACACGGUAAAAACAUACAUUAAUUUACACGGUUUAAACAUACAUACAAUUACACGGCAACUGCUUCUUUAUUAACAUACGUAUAAUUGGGGCACGCACGUUAUGAAAGUUUCAUUAAACUUCACAAAUGGUCACACUUUAAUCAUUUCAUAAACAAUGCAUGCAUGUCUGAAUUAAAGAACAUACAUCACGUCUUUUACAAGUUAUUUUAUGUAUUUAUUUUUUACAAAAAAAAAACUGUGAUUAUUUACUGUAGUAUUGCUGUAUUUGUUUACAAUACGAAAUGUGUACAUGUACCAAAAGUCGUCUGUGAUAUCAAGUUGCUUGACGUUAUGUUGUUUCAUUUUUAUUCAAUCAAAUACAUUCAUUAAAUUCAUUGCUUUAUUAUUUAAGUUGAAAAUGUUUUGGAAUUACUACAUGAAAAUUAAAAUCACAUGAUUUCAACUUAUUUCAAAUAAAUACACUCAUUUAGUUCAUUAGUUUAUAAUUGAUUGGGAAUGUUUUAUGAAUUACUACAUAAAAGUAAAAUCACAUGAUUUUUGGUAAAGGAACUAGUUUGAUAUUUUUGAGAUGCCUCUUUGUAAAUAUCUAUUUUUUGAAAGAUUUUGUGACCGAUUAAAUAUGAAAAAAUCUAACAGAUUAUACAAGAAAUAACGUGCUUAAAAUAGGUUAAUUUAACAUAGCUGCACUAACAUGGGUGUAAGUAGUACUAAAUUAGAAUAAUAAGUAUAUAAAACAGAAAAAUGAAGUUAUUUAAAAACCAUCACUGUUCAGACUUUAGAUUGCCAUUAGGCUUAUUUGUCGAUUUUAAUUGUCCCUUUCCGGAAGUCAAUUUAACGAACUGACAUUAUUCAACGAACUGACAGUUUGCACUUUCGAAAUUGUGCAAAAGGAUGACUUCAUAUGUUUUUUUCAAUCCUUUUAUUAUAUAAAAUGAAAUUUGUAUGAUGAUUUUAUAUGGAUAUAAUUUUUUGAAGAUUGUACUUAAAAAAAUAUAUUACACAAUAAUUCAUAUAUUAAACAUAUUAUAUAUGUUUAUAUCUUUUGAUAUAUGCUUUUCAUAACUCAUGAACUUCAUUACAUGUAAAUGACUGUGAUAUAUUCAAAUUAAACACUCCAAUUGUC